UUGUUUUUAAUAGUAAAAUUUGUUUAAACUUGUUUAAUGUUUGUUUAGUUUUGAAUUUGUGAUUUUUUUCGAUGGAGCUAUUGAGAGAUAAGCUUCGCUGUUUUUGUUCAGAAAAUGUAUGUUCGGAUUACCAUGUUAAUAACACAUGUUUAGUUGACUCUAAUGGUUAUUGUUUUACAUCUUUAAACAAAGAUGAAAUAUUUCAUGGAUGUUUUCCGCCUGAAGAAUCAGGUUUGAUGCAGUGUAAAGGACAUAUUUUGAGCCAACGACCAUCAACACUGUGUUGUAAUGACAAAGAUUUUUGUAAUUUACAUCUUGAACCAAACUCUACAACGUUUACAGAAGAUACAGAAGCAAACAAUUAUUAUUAUUCAUAUUACCUGAUAUUCUUGUGUGUCAUAUUUUUUGUGAUCUUCAUCAUAGUUUUAUACGUUUCAAAAAGAUUCUCUAAAUCAAUUACAAGAAAUGGACAAAAGUAUAAAACAAAACUUAAACUAAUUAAUUCAUUAAAGUCAUUUGAAUUCAGUUCAUCUUACUGUGAUGAAGCUACUACUGGAGAAGCUUUAAGUAUUUUUCGAGUUAGCAGAUUGGCUGAUCAUAUAGAAUUUAAAUCAAAACUUGAUUCAGGAUCUUUUUCAAGAACAUGGCUUGUCAGUUGGCGAGAUCAACCAUUUGCUUGUCGAGUUUAUAAUAAAAUGGAAGAAAGUUUAUGGAAACAUGAAACUCUUAUUCAAAAGCCACUUAAAAAUCCAGAUGUUGUUGGAUUAAUUGCCAAAGAUAUUGGAGAAGAUGCCGUUACAGGCAGUUCCAGAUUUCUUCUUUUAACCGAUUUUUUCCAACAUGGAAGUCUUUAUCAUUUUUUAAAAUUUAAAGAAAUUAAUACUGAUUUGAUGGUUUCACUUAUGCAUUCUAUUGCACACGGAAUGAGUUAUCUACAUAAUGAAAUAUUAGGAAAUCCACCAAAGCCAUCAAUUGUCCAUUACAAUAUAAAAAGUCGUAAUAUAUUCGUUUCACCUUGUGGUACACGUUGUUUAAUCGGAGACUUUUCAUAUGCUUGUGCCUACCUUAAUGAUUGUAUGAUAACACAACCGCCAACUUUUGCCAAUCCUAAUCCUGAAAGUUUACGAUAUCGAGCACCAGAAUCUCUGAUAUCAUGUGAUUAUCAAAAUAAUGAAAAAUCUGGUAAAGCCUGCGAUAUUUAUUCAUUAUCACUUGUCUUUUGGGAAAUUGUAUCAAGGUGUAAACCCUCUGAAGCUGAUUAUUCUUUUGUUGUGCCAGUUCAUAAACUUCCAUAUGACGAAGAACUUCUUGGACAAACCCCAAGUCAUCAGAAAAUGUAUGAAAUCAUUUAUUUGAAAAGAAAUCGACCAAAGUUAAAUUAUUUUUCUAAAUCACCGAUUAUAUCCAAAGUAAAUAACAUUAUAAAAGAUUCAUGGCAUCAUCAGGCAACAUCAAGACUGACAAUUCUACGAAUUCUGAAAAAUUUGGAGAGCUUACAGUUUGUUGAUGAUCCUGUUAAAAACAAGAUUAAAGAUUUAAUUGUGUAAUCAUUUGGCUUAAUCAUUUUUUGGCAUCAAGCGAAUAAAUAAGUCUUAACUCGAUCAUAAUGUUGAUUGUCAUUCGGCGUUAUCCAAUUGUUUCUCUUCACGUCAAUUUCAAUUUAAAAAUUGAUUCCAAACAGCUCCAACAUCAACAGUAGCAACUUUGACGAUAAUAAUAUAUAUUUAUAUACAGUUGAUAGAUGAUUAGGCAAAGAAAGUGCUCAAGCUUCAGUAUGGUUAUCAGAGUAUGGUAAUGAUGCUCAUCAGUGAUUUGCUUAUGAUCAAAAAUGGCUUACAAAUGAUUGACCCAAUCAAAGUUAAUUUGUUUGAUCAAGUUUACUCACCCAAAUAAUGAGAAAAGCAAAAUAAAGAAUUGUUAUUCAAACCCUAAA